AUGCCAGUGGAGACCUGGUCCCUGGUGGGUUAAACCGUGCUGGGCAGGUUAUGGAUGAAGGGCCAUAUAAAUUUCAACGCCUGGUCCUCUGGGUUGGGGAGUGGGCGAUGGGUUAGUGUCCCAUCCCCGUAAAAAAAAUAUCAUUACAGAAACCAGUCACUCUUUUCAAGAUAACAGGUUGCCUGAAAAGUGUGGAGGUCUUUUGAGCGAUGGAGCACCAAGAGGCGAGGUAGGUAAGGUAAGCGUUCGCCAAGAUAAAAGCUAUUCCAUUCUAAAUGAAUAUUGAUGAAUAGGUAACGUAGAGGCUAUGGGUUCGAGAACUCGUUGAAGCCCUGAAAUCUUUUCGGGUUUAAUUUGGAAAUGCUUUAAAUUGCGAGAAUAAUUGCGAAGAUCCUGCCUUCAUCUUUUUUGUAUUUUUGCAGCUCACACCCCCUUCAUUCUAUGGACUUCAUUCUAUGAACUACAAUGGUAACUCCGUCUCCGAGCUGGAAAAGAUUGCAAAAUCUUUAAUCUUCUUUGUCGAAUCUAUUGCAAGUUCAAAAAAAAAACAACGUGGAAGAGUGUGAUCAAUCCAAACUAAGGAACUUUAUUAGUCGAGCUUGCUUUAGCAGAGCGAGACUCUAAAAAUGCAGGCAUUUUUUCUUUUCUUAUUAUUUUCUAGUCGGUCUUCCCCAAAUGGUCGGCCAUGGUCCCAGGCGUUCCUAGAGGAGACCUUAGAAACUGGGGAUAAGAAUCAUGACGACUUUCGUUGUAUGCAAAUGAGUCUCGUGAUGAGCAUGCGAUUUAUUUUCGGCGAUGACUGA